AUGCCUCUGAUCACGAGCGCGCCGGACGCCCUCUCUUAUAUCGAUGCGCCAGUGUCAGAUCACCAGCUGGCAGCGGCGAAUGCCUUGAUCCAGGCCGAAAUCGAUGCAGCCCAAGCGACGACAUUACACCCAUCUACACCAGCAUUGAAGGACGCCAAAUUCUCCGACUUGAUCGAAGCCGAACAUGCGCGCAUCGCCUCGGGCCAGCCCAAGCAGAGUGCCUUAGAUCUGAGCCGAUAUGAGCUUCAAGAUGCUCCAGGAAAAGGCGACUUGGCGGCCUGGAAGACGACACUGAACAAGGCAUACGCGAGCGCAGAAUAUUUGCGAGGCAGAGAGAUCAAUUUAAGCUUGCUGGAGACGUACGGAAAGAAUGCUUGGCUCAUCAGUAACAGUCAGUUGGAGCAGACUUUGAAGGCGCUGGAGAGAGAGCUCGAGGCUGCAAAGAUUGAGCAGGAACAGGUCGAGCAGACGAGGCGCGUGGUGCAGGGCAAUACUGCUGGGGAAAUGCAGGGACUUGAGGAGGGAUGGAAGACUGGCGUGGGCAGGAUGAUUGAGGCUCAGGCUGCUGCGGAGAGGUUGAGGCAGGAGAUUUUAAGGAGGAAGAGGGAGGGUGCUGUAUGA